AAACCAAACCCGACGCUGCGUGCGAUACUUGCUCACGUGUAUGUCGCUUGCACAGGGUUUCGUGGUGUCAUUCAGCAGUGGCUGCGGGUUUUCGGUUGUUCUUGGACCGUCACUACACGGUACUCUCAUGAAACCACUAGAUCAGUCCCAGAGAAAUGUCUUUCUUCAUCUGUCUUUGUUUUUUCAGUCUGUAUCUGCGCCGUAUAGUAGCUUUUGCUUCACUAGUCAGGAUCUAAGGAGGCGGAACGUGUGCGCAGGCUUACCGUCAAGGGAACAGAUACACUCGGACAUGACCUGACUGACUCAAAUGGUCUUCAAGACAUAUCUGGUGGUAUUCUACUAGUAGAAGCGUUGACUAAAAUAGGCUUCUCUCCGGCCAUCCCCACGCAGGCCUCGUGCUUCUGAGACAUGUCAUUCUAUUACUCUUUUGCACAAGUUGUGUAAUCACUAUCCUCCUCAGCUUAUCAUUGACUUUCUAGAAUCUGAACUUACUCUGGGG